AUCCUUACGCUCGAUUACGACCUCUACGAACUACCCUCCCUUGCAACUUCCCCGUCCGUUAUGUCCGUCGUUGGAAUCGAUUUCGGUGCUCUCGCCAGCAAGAUUGGUGUUGCGAGACACCGUGGUAUAGACAUCAUCAUCAACGAGGUUUCGAACCGUGCUACUCCAUCUAUUGUCUCUUUCGGACCCAAGCAGCGGGCUAUCGGCGAGCCCGCAAAGACCCUUGAGAUCUCCAACUUCCGCAACACCGUCGGUUCCCUCAAGAGGCUGCUUGGUAGGACAAUCACAGACCCUGAGAUUUUGGAGGUUGAGUCAAAAUACACCCAUGUGAAGCUCGUCGACGCGAAUGGCACCGUCGGUGCGCAGGUGAACUACCUCGGCGAGCAAAAGGUCUUCUCGGCUACUCAACUCACUGCCAUGUAUCUUGGCAAGCUCCGGGAUACUGCCGCGAAGGAGCUCAAGACCGCCGUUUCUGAUGUUGUGAUCACAGUCCCUGGCUGGUACACCGACAUCCAGCGAAGGGCACUCCUUGACGCUGCCCAGAUCGCUGGUCUCAACGUCCUCCGUCUCAUCAACGACACGACUGCCGUCGCGCUCGGCUACGGUAUCACCAAGUCCGAUUUGCCCGAAGCUGAGAACCCUCGACAUGUCACCUUCGUUGACGUCGGCCACUCGUCCAUGUCAGUUGCCGUCGUCGCGUUCUCCAAAGGUCAGCUGACCGUGAAGAGCACGGCGUACGACCCUCAUGUCGGAGGUCGCGACAUCGACUACGCCCUCCUCCAGCACUUCGCUACCGAGUUUAAAGAGAAGUACAAAAUUGAUGUUCUCUCGAACCCCAAAGCUAUCUUCCGUCUCUCUGCUGGCUGCGACCGCGUCAAGAAGGUUCUCUCCGCGAACGCUGAGGCGCCCCUCAACGUCGAAUCGAUCAUGAAUGACGUCGACGUCCACAGCCGUCUCACUCGCGAAGAAUAUGAGGAACUCAUCUCUGGUGUCCUCAGCCGUUUGGAGGCGCCUCUUCACGCUGCCCUCGCGGACUCCGGCCUCACAAUCGACCAGAUUGACACCGUUGAGCUCGUCGGUGGCUGCACCCGUAUCCCAGCCGUCCGCCAGAAGAUCCAGAACUGGUUCGGCGGCAAGACGCUCUCGACGACGCUCAACCAGGACGAGGCCGCAGCCCGCGGCGCGACAUUCGCAUGCGCCAUGCUCUCGCCUACCUUCCGUGUCCGCGAGUUUUCGAUGACGGAUAUCAACCCGUACGCCAUCAAGGUCUCCUGGGAGAGGCAGCCCGAGGACGAGGAUACGGAGCUCACCGUGUUCCCCAAGGGCAACAACAUCCCGUCGACCAAGAUCCUCACGUUCUACCGCAAAUCCGCAUUUGAAGUCGAGGCACGCUACGCCGACCCGUCGACGCUGCCGGGUGGAAUCAAUCCCUGGAUCGCGAAGUUCACGGCGAAGGACGUCCAGCCGCAGCCGAACGGCGACUAUCAGAUCGUCAAGGUCAAGACCCGUCUGAGCGCCAACGGUAUCCUUUCAUUCGAGCAGGCGUACACCGAGGAGAUUGAGGAGAGGGAGGAGCAGCCGAUGCAGGUCGAUGGGGCUGAGGGCGAGGCAGCGCAGCCGAAGAAGAAGAAGAUCGUCAAGAAGCACGAGGUUCCCUUCGUCUGGGGCCACUCUGGCCUCGACGCGAGCAUCGUCUCUCAGUUCAGGGAGGUCGAGGCGCAGAUGCACGCUGCGGACAAACUCGUCUUCGAUACUGAGGAACGUAAGAACGCCCUGGAGGAGUUCAUCUACGACACCCGGAGUCGUCUCGAUGAGCGCUACGCGCCCUACGUCCAGUCUCAGGAGAAGGAGAAGAUCCUUGCUGCGCUCCAGGAGGCCGAGGACUGGCUCUAUUCUGAGGACGGUGAGGACGCCACCAAGUCUGUCUACGUCCAGCGCCUCGAUGCGCUCCACGCUCUUGCCGACCCCGUCAUCAACCGCUACAAGGAGGCCGAGCAGCGGUCACGGGUGGCGAGCGAGCUGCGCGAGACGAUCAACAACUACAUGAAUCAGGCGACGUCAAACGACGAGCGUUUCGCGCACAUCGAGGAGAAGGACAAGCAGGCGAUCGUCGAGAAGUGUGCAACGAUCCAGAAGUGGCUCGAGGACCAGUCCGUGCGCCAGAGCGAGCGUCCGAAAAACACGGACCCCGUCUUCACGGCUGCGGAGGUGCUCAAGAAGAAGGACGAGAUCAUCUACUUCGCGACGCCCAUCCUUACCAAGCCCAAGCCCAAGCCUAAGGUCGAGCCGACGGCCGGCACGCCUGGCGAGGGCACGCCGAAGGGCACACAGACGCCGAAGACCGAGGAACAGCAGCAGCAGGCGAAGCCUGAGGGUCCCUCGGAGAUGGACGUAGACUAGCUUACGAUCGUUUAUUCUCCCUCUUCUUGACCUCACCCUCAUUGACGACAGCAUACGUACGCAUGAAGACUGGUGCACCUGCAUUGUAUUGAGAGACGGGCAGUAUCUACUAGAGAAAAUAAUGUGUUGUAAGUAGAACAGCGUAUUGUACAAUCGCCUUCAAAGGGACAUUCGCACUCGAGCUCUGCCGCUUCACCUCUGCUUGUGUGUAGCAAAGAUGUUCGGUGUUUUGAAGGCAGUUCUUGACCUUGCC